UCCGUGUGUGUUUACUAACACAGUAACAUAUACACGAGCUACAUGUAGCAUAUAUUAAGUAUGGAAGUCCUGAAGAUAUUGGCCGUGUUUUAUCACCUCAAAGGUGCGCUAGCUCGAUCUCUUCAAGCAACGGAACACGUAGAGGAUUUCCGAAUAUCCUACGCCUUAUUUGCCCUCAUUGGUUCAGCCCUGAUUGUAUUGGUAAUACUGCUGUGUACUGAUAUCCCCGCAGAAUCCGACGUUCGUCAUAAGACAAACGACACAAAUGUUGCAGAAGCAAAAGUGAAAGUAAAGAAAAGGAAGAAAAAGAAAAUUCAUAAGAAGAUUCAUCGAACCAAGAGCACUGGUAGCAUUAUAUCCUCUAUUAUAAGCAGUUGGGCGAGUACCUCCGAUUCCGAAGACUCGGAUAAAGACUCACCCACCCCUGAUGCUUUCGCAGUAGAAAUAGAAUCUGUAAACCUCAGUGAGAAAGAUCUUGAGGUAAAUAACAAAAAUACAGUUGAAAACGACAAUCCUGAAGCAGCCGAAACAGGAUCUAGAAAGUCGUCAGAUUCAAAAACUGAAGAAAAAUCUGAAGAGGAAUCUCACUCUGAAAAUAAGGAUGCAAAAGAAGAAGAUGCAUUUGAGAAAGGUUCUGACAAAGAGAAAGAAAGUAGUGAAAAGGAUUCAGACACAUCUUCAUCCAGCAGUGAUUCAUCAAGUUCAUCAAGUGAUGAAAAUUCUGAUCAAGAAGAAUCUAAAGAAGAAGAGUCAGAGGAGCCUUCGCCAGGACAUGAAGCCGAAGAGGAACCAAAACCUGAAGAUGAACCUACAAGAUCACUAGAGAAAGAACCAGAAGAGGUGCAGGAUCCUGAACCAGAAGAGGAGCCUGAACCUGAACCAGAAGAGGAGCCUGAACCUGAACCAGAAGAGGAACCUGAACCUGAACAAGAAGAGGAGCCUGAACCUGAGCCAGAGGAGGAUGCUGAACCUGAACCAGAAGAGGAACCUGAACCAGAAGAGGAGCCUGAACCUGAACCAGAAGAGGAGCCUGAACCUGAAGAGGAGUCUGAACCUGAACCAGAAGAGGAACCCGAACCGGAACCAGAACCUGAGGACGAAUAAAAAUAAAAAAUAACCAUAUUACAUAAAAAUAUGGUUGAAUGCGGAGAGAAUAUGAGGUAGCUUAUGCUGCAAGGAAGUGGAUAGGUAACAUGGAACCAGAUGAUUAGGAAUUGUUUUCCUGGAAAUGAGAAGGACUAUUCUGAGUACCAGUACAUACAUGUAUCUGAGAGAUGUAUCAACUGUGCAUAAGAUUCUGCUUUAAAGGGCAAUAAAAAUUGUAUUAAGACAAUUGUAUCAGCUUACAUUCCUAAAA